AUGUAUACUUUGACGCAGAAAUCUUUCGCCGCCAUGUUUUCCGGGCUGGCCUUGGCUACUACUUCUACGUCCCAUGGACAGCGCGAUGCCUACGAUUAUGUGAUUGUCGGUGGUGGCACAGCCGGAGCUACAUUGGCCUCGAGGCUGAGUCUUGGCUUGCCCGACAAGAGUAUCCUCCUCAUUGAAGCCGGACACUCGGCUCUCGACGAGCCCAAGAUCAACAUCCCCGGUUUGCAUGGCUCUACAAUCGGUGGCCCCUAUGAUUGGAAUAUGACCACCCUCCCGCAGAAGUCAAUGAAUGACCGAGUGUUGCCUCUUCCUAGAGGUCGCGUUCUGGGCGGGACUUCUGCGCUUAAUUACAUGCUGUGGAAUCGAGCAAGCUCUGCCGAUUAUGAUGCAUGGGAGGAGCUUGGCAACGAUGGAUGGAAUUGGGAAUCCAUGAGCCAGUACAUGACGAAAAGCGAGGACUUCACAAACAACAACUUGACCGAAGCCGGGUCCGAGGUACGAGGCGACGAGGGCCCCAUUCACACCACUAUCGGCCGCUAUAUGCCACAACAUAGAUUCAUGUGGCGGGAUUCGCUAGAGAAUCUCGGCAUACAGCGAAACAUUGACUCCUUGGGCGGAUAUCCUUGCGGAGUCUCUUUUCAACCGGGCAGUGUAGAUGCCAAAACCUGGGCAAGGUCCUACAGCGCGAACGCAUAUCUGCCGCUGGCCGGGAGCAAUCUCGAGGUGUUGCUGGAUACUCGCGUGGCGCGUAUCAAUCUGGAAAAGUCUAGCGACAAUUGCGUAAACGCAGCUGGUGUGGUACUUGAAGACGGGACAAUCAUUCCGGCGACCGAGGAAGUCAUUCUUUCUGCUGGGACAUUACAGAGCCCGGGAUUGCUCGAACUCUCGGGUAUCGGUGGGAAAGAAGUCCUCGACUCCGCCGGUAUUGAACAGGUGAUUGACCUACCUGGUGUCGGUGAGAACCUGCAAGAUCAUGUCGCGAUCCCCUACGUUUUCAAACUAAAGGAUGGAUUGACUUCAUCCGACAAGCUCAAAUUCAACACGACAUUUGCAGCCGAACAGCUUGCACUAUGGAAGAACCAAGAAUUCACCAUUUAUGAUGAGCUUUUGGAUGCCGUAUCGCUUUUGAACUACAAGCAAGCAUUUGGCAAUGAUUCUGAUUCUGCCUUGCUUCGACUUGCGCAAGACGAGAUUGGCCAAUCAUCCAACAUACUCGACCAGAAAAAGCUAGAGCUCCUUGCCAACGACAAUGUCGCAAAGGUGGAAAUGGUUUUCGUCGAUGAGUAUCUGGGAGCGAAAAGCUAUCCAAUACCAACCAGCCUAGAUUAUGGCAGCAAUUACGUAACAAUGGUGACGGCGCUGAUGCAUAACCUUAACCGCGGGAGCGUUCACAUCACUUCGUCCAACAUCAGUAUCCACCCCGCCAUUGACCCCAAUCACUUGACCCACGAGCACGACAUUCAAGUCUUGGUGGAGCUGGGCAAGUUUGCCCGCAAAGUCGCCCAGACGGAGCCGCUCAAGAGCGUCCUCGCGGGCGAGUACGAGCCCGGCCCCGCGGUCGGUGGCAGCGACGAGAGCUGGCGCGGCUUUGCCCAAGAGACGGCCAUUUCCUUUUUCCACCUCGCCUCGACGUGCGCCAUGCUGCCGCGCGACCAAGGCGGUGUGGUGGACCCGGAGUUGCGCGUCUACGGGACGCGGAACCUGCGUGUUGUCGAUGCCAGCAUCAUGCCUUUGCUGGUGCCGGCGCACACGCAGGCCACGACGUACGGUAUUGCGGAAAAGGCGGCUGUGCUCAUUAUUGAGGGGGCAAAACAAAGACGUUGGGAAAAUGAGCUUAUUUAA